AGGGCCAGUCAGUUGGCAAGUGGUCUUGGAAGUGGACAGAUGUUUUGUAAAGAGGCUGCACCGCGCACUUUAGAGCAACAACUCCAGGAACACAGACUGCAGCAGAAGAGGCUCUAUCUCCAGAAGCAGUCUCAGGUACAGGCUUACUUCCACCAGAUGCAGCUGGCUGAGGAUGCUUACCGCCCUCCCCAGGACAGCAGAGACCCCCAGAACAGCAGCGGUCCCUUAUCUAGCCCUCCCUUCACACGGACCCAAACCCUAACCCCUUUUCUGGAGCCUGGCACUUCAUCCCUGACAUACGGCCCAAAGCCAGCCCAUUUCCCAGACUGGCCUCCACCGCCAGACAACUGCACAAACUACACCCCAUCCCUCCUUACAGAGCCCCUGUACGCGUGGAGUCCUGCCCAGCCACCUCUCCCAGCAGGCAAAGCAGAAAGCCCUUCGGCUCAACCUGCACCUGAAGCCACCUUCCUGGACUGUGAGAUGAUGGAGACCGUAGAGGCCCCACAGGGCUGUGUACUCGUAAACUAAAUGUGAAAUAAAGCACUCUGAGGCUGGCUCUCAGGCAUAAGAUGUGGCGAAAAACGCCCUCAGGGACGAACAAGACGCCAUGGUUGGUGUCACAUCUUAUAAACCUACAGAACUGUGGUAGACCAUUACAGAACUUCGUUUUCAGAGAUGUUUGUGAGAUACGCUGGUGUCCUGAAAUGUUUUUUGUUUGUUUUUUCUGGUAAGCACAGAUUAAAUGUAGUGCAGCAACCAUAGAGUUUAAAAAUCAGUAUUAAAGCAAUAUUCCUUUUCCUAUAUAAUACUCUAGAGUUCUCUGAGUUUCAGUGUUUUUAUAAUUAGUUUGUUUCAUCCUUAAAUGAUCAGUAGCUACUCAAGUUUUCCUUAUUAGUAUUGUGUGAUUUUAAAUAAUAGAUAUAAUCAACAGAGAAAUGUGUAAAUAUUAGUACUUAUCUAAGGGAUAAAAAAAAGAAAUAAUGUUAAAGUCAACAUGAAACAGCAUUGAGUCUAUUUCUGUGAGUGAUGAACUUCUGAAUGAAAGACGAGAACAAAAUAUAGUCAGACCUGAGUUUAAAACAUUGCCAACACUUUACAAUAAGUAAAAAAAAACAUUAAUUAGGUAUCAAACUGGCCAGAAAAUAAACAACUAUGAACAAACAAUAAUUUACAGCAUUUAUCAAUCUACAUUGAUUUUAAUGUAUGCAUAUAAUAAUACUUUUUAACUUCUUUAUAUUUAUAUAUUCACAAUAAUUAGCAUUAGUAAAUUAAAACAAAAUAAACAAAGUAACAAUAAACAAUAGUAUAUUAAUAAAUGCUGUAACUUAUUACCAUUGAUUUGUUAGUUCACAAUACCUAAUGUAUUAACUAAGCACUACAUACUAAUUUAAGUGCUGCAGAUAUGAUGUAAUAUUGCUUUUGCAAGCCAACCCAGACAUUAUGGUUCAUUCACACCAUGUCAGGAUUAACGUAAUUACGAGAUUCUGACUUGUAAACGUUCUGACUUGAGGACGGCCACGUCCUCUUAGAAUUCGUAAUUACAAAUUGUGCAAAUUGUGUUGCAAUUUUCUUAAAAUGACAGCAAUUUCAGCUGCAAAUUGUAGUGAAGUAAUAAUAUUGGGUAAUAUUUCUGUUUAAUAAUAUUUAAGUAAUUCAUAUAAUUAAUAAUAAUUCCAGUAUUUGACUGUUGUUAAUGUCUUGAUAGUGCCAGGAUAAUCUAAAAAAUAAAAGACAUACAAUAGUUUAAUGUGGCCAGCACAGCUGAAUGCAUCUAAUGUCCCACUAAAUAAAGUUAAUUCAAGGCAAUUUAAUGCAUUUGCAUAAGGACUGUUAUUUGAUGUAUUGUUUUUUUUUCUAUUGAUUAUUCAAAUUACACAGAUUCAUCGUGGCAUUAAUAGUGUUGCCAUAGAAAUGUAUAAUUCAAGACAGGAACAGUUCCGGCACACGUUAUCAUCUAAUAAUUACCGUUC